UUCUCACUUUAUCUAUUUCUUUUCUUCUCAUCUCUCUUCUUCCUACCCUAAUUCCCAAAAAAUGAGGUGUCCAUUAAUCACCACUCCACAUAAAUCUACACAUUAGGUAAGCAACAUCAAGGAUCUGGCAUCUUGCACAGCUAUCUCUACCUUUCCCACAAAACAAAAAAGCAAUUCAAAGUUCAAAUUCUGAAGCUCUUAGUUCAUAAAUUUCAAACCCCACCCAACCAAAAUUUCAAAACCGGAAACCAAAAAUUUCCCAAGUGUCCAUUUCCCCUCCAAUGCAUCUUCUUCCCUCCAAAUCACCAUUUCCAAUGCUUCUUCUUCUUCCAAUCUAAACCCUACCCAACACCACCACCACCUCCACCUCCAACAAGAACACCUUCUUCUAUAACAUUACCACCAUGAAUUUUCUCUUUUCACGGGAAAACCUUCCCCCACCUCCGGGAAUCCCAAUCCCCGCCACCAUUGCCGCCGCCAACACCACCCCAAACCCAAUUCUAAUCCCAAAGCUCGAACCUUUCGACGAAUUGCUCAACACCCACACACCCCAACAACAACAACAAUCUCAGGACCCCAGUUUUUCAAAUGGGUCCCUUGACCUCGACCUCGACCUCGACCUCAAGCUCGUCUGCGACGAAACCCCCGGUGCUUUCUCUGGCGACCCAAGCUUGCUCUCAGAUUUCAACCGUCUCUCUCAGCUUUUCAAAACCGCUUUCACCAACAACAACGCCGUUCUCGACCCCAUCGCCCAAGGGCUCCAGCAGCUCCAAAACGACGCUGUUUCCGACCCUCUAGACGGCACUACCGUUGUUCCACCGCAGAGCUUCCAAAAUUCGGACCCCGGGAUGCAGCAGCAGCAGCAGUACCCGAACGGGGCCGUUUCGGACCCGGAUUCGCGGGCAAUUGUGCCGGUCCCGGAGGAAGGGCGGUCCUCUUCGGUGGCGGUCACCACGCCGCGGCAGCGGCGCUUCAAGGAGCUGGUCCGCCUGACGGAUGUCGGCGGGCCGGAGCAACGGCACUUCCGGGACGUGGUCCGCCGGACGAGGAUGGUUUACGACUCCCUGCGCGUCCUGGCGACGGUGGAGGACGAGGGCCGGGUGGAUGCCCGCCGGGGGCGCAGCGAUCUGCGCGCCUCGGCGGUGAUGAGGAACUGUGGCCUGUGGCUGAACCGUGACAAGAGAAUUGUUGGUGCAAUUCCCGGUGUCUGCAUUGGUGAUGUGUUCCUUUAUAGGAUGGAGUUGUGUGUUGUUGGCCUUCACGGUCAGCCUCAGGCUGGGAUUGAUUAUCUCCCUGCUAGCAUGAGUUCCAAUGGUGAACCAAUUGCCACUAGUGUCAUUGUUUCUGGUGGUUAUGAGGAUGAUGUUGAUGAGGGUGAUGUUAUUAUUUACUCUGGCCAUGGUGGCCAGGACAAGCAUUCUAGGCAGGUUUUCCACCAGAAGCUUGAGGGGGGGAACCUUGCAAUGGAGAGGAGUAUGCACUAUGGGAUUGAGGUGAGGGUCAUUCGCGGAGUGCGGUAUGAGGGUGCUGCCUCUGCUACUGGGAGGUUGUAUGUGUAUGAUGGGUUGUAUAGAAUUCAUGAGUGCUGGUUUGAUGUGGGGAAGUCGGGUUUUGGGGUUUAUAAGUAUAAGCUGUGUAGGAUUGAUGGGCAGGCUAAGAUGGGGACUGUGGUGAUGAAGGAGGCGCUUAUGCUUAGGAAGGAUCCCUUGAGUUUCAAACCCACGUGUUGUUUGUCGCUUGAUGUUUCAAAUAGGAAGGAGAAUGUGGCGGUUCGGCUUUUCAAUGACAUUGAUCCUAACUAUGACCCUCUGCAGUAUGAGUAUCUUGUGAAGACAAAUUUUCCGCAGUUUGUGUUCCAUCAGAGCGGGAGGGGGACAGGUUGUGAGUGUGCGGACGGGUGUGUUGAGGGGUGCUUUUGUGCCAUGAAGAAUGGAGGGGAUUUUCCUUAUAAUCAGAGUGGGAUUCUCUUGAGAGGGAAGCCUUUGGUUUUUGAGUGUGGCCCAUUUUGUCGUUGUCCUCCUCAUUGUCGGAACCGUGUCACGCAGAAGGGGUUGAAAAAUAGGUUGGAAGUGUUCAGAUCUAGGGAAACUGGUUGGGGAGUUAGGUCCAUGGACCUUAUUCAAGCUGGUGCUUUUAUAUGCGAGUACACAGGGGUUGUUCUGACUAGGGAGCAAGCACGGCUUUUGACUAUGAAUGGUGAUUCCUUGAUAUAUCCAAAUCGGUUUACUGAUAGGUGGGCAGAAUGGGGGGACUUGUCUAUGAUAGACUCCAAUUUUGUGCGUCCAUCAUAUCCGUCAAUACCUCCUUUGGAUUUUGCCAUGGAUGUGUCAAGAAUGAGGAAUGUUGCUUGCUAUAUGAGUCAUAGUUCAACUCCCAAUGUGUUGGUUCAGUUUGUUCUGUAUGAUCACAAUAAUUUGAUGUUCCCUCGCCUUAUGCUAUUUGCGAUGGAGAGCAUCCCUCCGAUGAGAGAGCUCAGCCUUGAUUAUGGGGUAGCUGAUGAGUGGACAGGAAAGCUCUCUAUAUGCAAUGAAUGAUUUUGAAAGUUUCAUACACUUUAUAAUAUACUGAAGCUGACUUUCGGGCAUUGUUUGCAGAGUUGGAGAUCGAAUGCUGGAGCUUGCGAGGAAGAAGACACCAGCAGCACGACAUCAAAAGCUAGAGCAAAAGAGGAAGAAGACACAAGGAGCACAGGGUCAGUUUUGUAAAAGAAGUAGCUCCCUCAAGAUUUCCACGAAAAUAAUCUCCGUGGAGUGUGGAAGCUGAUGACUGUGGGCCCCACCAAUUUUUUAUUUUUAUAUAUUUUCAAUACAUCUCGUGUGUACCAAACAAGCGAAUUUGUACACUUCUUUGCAUUUCCGUUCUCACCACUUCUUUUCUUUGGUACUUCAUGUGUACCAAGAGAGCCUCAAUCAAGUUUUAUUGAGAAAAAGAGCUGCACAACCUUCCUAAAUUAAAAGAACUGGAUAACACUCAAGUGUCAAGUCUUAUUAAUAUAUAUUUUGUUAUAACUCUUUAAUUCUAAAGCAAGGCUGUGCUAUCCAGAGUUUGAAGUUGAAUGGAUUUAUUGACUGCACAUUUAAUCUUAUCUUCUCACUCUAAUGAGCGUGCAAAUGUUUCCUAGAAAAAAUUACCCUAUUAAUGCACUCUUCAAUCUCUCUCUCUCUCCUACUGCACUUAUUGAGAAUUUGGAAUUCUCAUAUUCUCUCUCUUCAAUUUGUCAUACUUCAUAUUCUUGGAUCGUCACUGCCAUGAAUUUUUGCCAAUUUUUAGCAUACCAGUAUGAGAACGUUCCGUGAAUUGGUACUCAUGAACCCAUUUGCAGUUCUUUUUUAAAAUCAUGAAUUAUGUUUCACUGGUUUCAAUCUUGUACUAUUAUGCAUAUUCUGGUGUUCUAUUAGGGCUCUGGUUCCUACACUAGAAAUUGUUUCUCUAAGGAUUUGGUACUUUUUGUGAACAUGAUAUUAAAAUGUGGGUUUUGGGUCUAAUUCAACCUCAAAAGUUAGCUCAUAGGGUGAGGAUUGUGGCCCACUUAUAUAUUCUAUCUUAGUCUUAUCUCUAGCCAAUGUGGAAUUUGGAUUUUUUCCAAUACACUCCCUCAUGCCCAAUACUUUUUUGGACUUGGUGCAUGGAUGACAUGGUGGGUGGUUCGUUUAAUGGAUCUAGGAUAGACUUUGAUAUCAUUUAAGAGUUAUUUAUUGCUUUGUGUUGUUGUAUCAUACCACCCGAAAUAUUCUUAUUUAUAAUCAAGGAGGUUUACAAAAUAAGGAAACAAAAUAAUGAGUAAUAAUGGAAACAAUCCCAUACUAAACUGUAAUUAAAACAUAUCAAAUCAUAUCUUUGACACUCCCCCUCAAGUUGGAGUAUAUAUGUCAUAUGAACCAAGUUUGUUACAAAUGUGGUAAACCCAACAGAAACGAUAAACGGUUCUAGUUGGGUGAUUGUGCCAGAUAAGCAUGGCUCGACAGUAUCCAAUGAAGGCCCAUAGUGGUGAUGUGUGUUCACCAGUAAAUAAAAGCACACCUUGAGGUGGAAGGAGGUGGUUCCAGUGUGACGCUUGCCGGAGAUGCGUUGUGUGUGUGAACUUCACGAACUGAAAAAGGGCCCUGCGUCAUGUCGUGUUAAGAUAUUAUAUGAUAGAGAUUUAGGAGUUUUGAUAAGAUAUGAUGAUGUUAUAAUAUGGUAGAGAUUAAGAUAUGAUUCUGUGUAUGAUAUGGUAGAGAUAUGAUAGCUUAUUUCUAGGAAAGUGGGAAACUUUUAUCUUAUCUAGUAGGAUUAUAUCUCUAAGAUUUAUAGUAGAUUUUGGUUAAUCUUUUCCUUUUUACUAGCUUAUAUUUUUUUGUAAGCUAGGUAGGAUUUAAGAAUGUUACAAUUGAGAUAGUACAAGUCCUUUUAAUUAAAAUUGUAUUGAAAAUUGAUCCCUGAAUUUUUCACCUACAAUAUAAAACUUGUAAAAUAGAAGAAACCGAGGGAUAUUUGGACUGAAAACCGUGUGUAUUUCUGUGUCUGAAAUACACACGGGUCAUUGUUUAUAUAGACAUAUUGCAUUAAAUACACAUAAGUAGAGAGGAUAAUAAGUUUCAUCGAAAUCAGAUCCUCUAAAUCAGAUAUCAUAUCCUAUCACAUCAUUAUACAUUAAAUUCCUUAUUCUCAACAAAACUAAAUUACAAGGUUAAUAGGGGCUGCUCAAUGCUUUCAUUAAAUAAUUUGUUCUGAAAAUAUUGACUAAGAUUCUUAAAAAUACAGAUGACAAUUUACUAACUAACUUUCUGCUACUUUAUGUCAUUAAAGGUGUUAAUUACUAAAUUUGUCCAGCCAACAAACUACAGAGAAGACCAAGAUAAGGUUGGAACCUUGAACAAGAACAAAACUAAUAUAGUUGAGAAUCGAACAACUAUAGAGAACCUUAAGCUAUCAUUUUAAGAUGCUCAAGAGAUUAAGGUCAUUAACAUUGUGUUUGGUAGAGAGAGGAAAUAGAAGGAGUGGAAAUAGGCAGGUAAGAAAAGAAGAGAAAUAUAUAAGAAAUAGAGUAGAAAUAUUUGUUGUUUGGUUUAAGAGAAAUAGAGUGGAACAAAAAUUGAGGUUGUUUAGUUUGAAA